AUGGGCCUGCCCAAGGCCUUGCUGGGCGCCCGCAACCUCCUGCUGGUCAUCCUCGUCCCCCUCCUGCUGCUUCCGCUGCCCAUCCUGCACCCCAGCAGUGAGGCCGCGUGUGCGUACGUGCUGAUCGUCACGGCCGUGUACUGGGUGUCCGAGGCCGUGCCGCUCGGAGCUGCCGCCCUGGUGCCCGCCUUCCUCUACCCGUUCUUCGGAGUGCUGAAGUCCAGCGAGGUGGCUGCUGAGUACUUCAAGAACACCACGCUGCUGCUGGUGGGCGUCAUCUGCGUGGCGGCGGCCGUGGAGAAGUGGAACCUGCACAAACGCAUUGCUCUGCGCAUGGUCAUCAUGGCUGGGGCCAAGCCGGGCAUGCUGCUGCUAUGCUUCAUGAGCUGCACCACGCUGCUGUCCAUGUGGCUGUCCAAUACGUCCACCACCGCCAUGGUCAUGCCCAUCGUGGAAGCUGUGCUGCAGGAGCUGGUGGGCACCGAGGAGGAGCAGCUCGCAGCCGAGAGCACCAGCGCCGAGGAAGCCGAGCCUAUCAGUCUGGAUGAAAACAACCAGCCUUCUCUGGAGCUCAUCUUUGUCAAUGAAGAAACCUCCACAGCCAGCAUCACUUCUCAGGUGAACAAGAACCUGAAUGGUGUGCCCACGAUCACCAGCCCUAUACCUGCAGCAGCCCCUCAGGGCCAGAAGCCACCCUCGCCUCAGGAGCAGCGGCUUGUCCUGAGCCACGGCCCCCGGACCCAGGAGCUGAGCAAGAAGUACAGGUCCCAGCAUGACCAGAUGAUCUGCAAGUGCCUGUCCCUGAGCAUCUCCUAUGCAGCCACCAUCGGGGGUCUGACCACCAUCAUCGGCACCUCCACCAGCCUCAUCUUCCUGGAGCACUUCAACAACCAGUAUCCAGCCGCAGAGGUGGUCAACUUCGGGACGUGGUUCCUCUUCAGCUUCCCCAUCUCGCUCAUCACGCUGGUGGUCAGCUGGUUCUGGAUGCACUGGCUGUUUCUGGGCUGCAAUUUUAAAGAGACCUGCUCUCUGAGCAAGAAGAAGAAGACCAGGCGGGAAGAGCUGUCGGAGAAGAGGAUCCAGGCGGAGUACGAGAAGCUGGGUGACAUCAGCUACCCUGAGAUGGUGACCGGCUUCUUCUUUGUCCUGAUGACCGUGCUGUGGUUCACCCGGGAGCCCGGCUUCGUCCCCGGCUGGGAUUCCUUCUUUGAGAAGAAGGGCUACCGCACCGACGCCACGGUCUCCGUCUUCCUCGGCUUCCUGCUCUUCCUGAUCCCAGCCCGGAAGCCAAGCUUCAGGAAGAAGGAUAACGGGAACCCUGAGGGGCACUCACUGAGCCCAGAGCCCAUCAUCACGUGGAAGGACUUCCAGAAGACCAUGCCCUGGGAGAUUGUCAUCCUGGUGGGCGGGGGCUACGCCCUGGCUUCAGGCAGCAAGAGCUCCGGCCUAUCCUCCUGGAUCGGCCAUCAGAUGCUGUCCCUGAGCAGCCUCCCCCCGUGGGCCAUCACCCUGCUGGCCUGCAUCCUGGUGUCCAUUGUCACCGAGUUCGUGAGCAACCCGGCCACCAUCACCAUCUUCCUGCCCAUCCUGUGCAGCCUGUCAGAGACACUGCACAUUAACCCGCUCUAUACCCUGAUCCCUGUCACCAUGUGCAUCUCCUUUGCCGUGAUGCUGCCCGUGGGCAACCCCCCCAAUGCCAUCGUCUACAGCUACGGGCACUGCCAGAUCAAGGACAUGGUGAAAGCUGGCCUGGGCAUCAAUGUCAUUGGCCUGGUGAUUGUGAUGGUGGCCAUCAACACUUGGGGCGUCAGCCUCUUCCACCUGGACGCUUUCCCGGCCUGGGCUCAGGUCAGUAACGUCACGGACCAGGCCUAG